AUGACUGGAGGAAGCCACUACUUGUUACUAGAUGAAAUUUCUCACAACUUACAUCAGCAUGGCCAUGAGGUCCGCAUGCUCCUGCAGCUGGGCAACCCUGUGAUUACAGGUUUUUCCUACACAGGCCGUGCAGACAGUUACCAGACAAGCACCUGGUCCUUAGGGGAGAAAUACAUCAAAGAAUACAAUAACUGGUUCCUGGAGCAACAGAGACUGUUUUUACUGGGAAGGGAUACCUUUAAUAACUUUCUCAACUUCAUGGGGCACCUGUCCUAUCAGUGCGACAAGCUGUUAGGGGAUAAAGAGAUAAUAACUUUCCUCCAGAGGGAACGCUACCACAUCGCCAUCCUUGAUGCUUUUAACCCCUGCUCCUUCAUCCUGGCACACAAACUUGGUGUCAGCUACAUAGCUUUCUAUCCUGGCACUCUGAAUGGUCCUCUGUCCAUCGAUCUCCCCAGCCCAGUCUCCUACAUCCCAGUCUUCGGCUCCCAGCUGUCCGACCACAUGAGCCUCUGGGGUCGUGCGAAGAACCUCUUUUAUUCUGUCUUGGCUCCUGUAGGCCAGGAACUCGUAUGGUCAGUGUUUAGGGAAGUAGCUGAACGCCACCUUGAGUCAGGUUCACUGCUUGGUGGUCUGGAGGAGUUACAUCGAGGAGCUGAACUCUGGGCCUUCAACACUGACUUCUCACUGGAGUUCCCCCAGCCUCUUAUGCCCUACACUGUGCUGGUGGGAGGUCUGCUGAAUAAACCUGCGAAGCCUCCAGAACAGGAUCUGGAGUUGUGGAUCUCUAAUUUUGGAGAAGCAGGUUUCAUUGUAGUGACUCUGGGAUCAAUGGUCUCUUCCGUCUCAGUGGACCCUCUGCUUGUAGAGCUGGUGGCUGGCUUCUCGAGGAUCCCUCAAGGGGUGCUGUGGAGGUACGACCCCAAACGAUGGCCAUCUUACCUGGACAGACCUCCCAAUGUCAGGCUGUUGGACUGGCUCCCUCUAAAUGACCUGCUCGGCCACAAAAAAGCACGUCUGUUUAUCACCCAUGGUGGACAAAACAGUCUGCUUCAGGCAGUGUACCAUGCUGUUCCUGUGCUGGGAAUCCCUCUGUUUGGAGACCAGUUUGAUAAUGUGGUGAGGGCUGAAACAAAGGGACUUGGCCUCGCCAUCAACCCCACUCACGUCACCAGGGAACUGCUCAGCUCCACUAUUCAAACACUCAUACAGGACAUCAGGUUCAAGUCUUCAGCGUUGUUCCUGAGCAGGAUCCACAAAUCCCAUCCUGUCCCUCCAGCCCUUCGAUUCAUUCAGUGGGUGGAGCACAUCCUGCACAGCGGAGGUGGAACUCAUUUAAGGCCGGCGUCACUGAUGCAACCAUGGUACCAGAGAUACCUGUUGGACUUGGUGCUUGUUCUCUUCCUGGGGCUUCUUGGACCUGUCGUUCUCUGCUGGACUUUCUGUAAGAACAAGAACAGCAGGGACAAACACAAAAAAACACAAUAG